AUGUCUGGGGGUCCCGGGAAGCCCUCUGGAUACCAGGGGGGUUCUGUAAACAGUACUGAAGAGUUUAGAUAUGGUGAUUUGCAUACAGCUUCCACAGAUUGGAGAUCUCCCCCUAACAUUACAAAUGGGGGCAGCAUUCCUGCAGGACCCACAAGCGGGCUAGUACCAGGUCUGAUAGCUGCCGGUAUCUUCAUAAUGUUCCUGCUCUGCCUGUAUGCAAUCUUAUGGAAAUGCAUGGUGUCCCCACCAAAUAAAAGGAAGAGGAAAAAACGCACCAUAACCAGCCCUCCUUCUCAGAAGACUCUCGUCGUGUGA